AGAGAGAGAGAGAGAGAGAGAGAGAGAGAUAGUGAGGUGAGCUCAGAGAUCAAUUGCAGUAAUCUCGGAGAAGACAAUGGCUGCCAAAACCCUAAUCAGGUCUGGAGCUUCGCUAAUGAAUCGUUUUCUAUCGAAGCCAACGACAAACCUUGUGCAGAACAAUCUGAGAUCGUUUCAGCAGAUAGCUCCUCAGCGGCGACAAGAACUCCCGCCGUGUUUUUUCCCGUCGUUGACGAUUCUACAGAACUCGCUAAGCGAAAGUGCUACGCUUCAGGAAUUAACGGAACGUGGGUUUCUUCACCCUUCUGGUCUUCCUUCGCUCGACUUCUUCUUACCAGAAGUCGAUCCAUCAAGCGAGCCAUUGCUUCUAUUUCCCAAGAGGACAUUCCAACCUAGCACUAUCAGGCGCAAACGUAACCAUGGAUUCUUUGCCCGCAAAGCAACCAAAGGUGGACGGAGAGUCAUAGCUCGGAGAAUAGCAAAAGGGCGUCACAGAGUCACGGCCUAGAAUAUCUCUCUUUAGUCCUUUCUAUGAAUCUAUCAGAUUAGGCCGGAUAAGUAUCUUCCUUGCGUCUUUCCAGCCUAAAAAAUCUGAAACUUCGAUCUCAUCAAUAACAACGAUAGAUGUACUGUUGUGUUGAAUCUCGGAGUCGGAAGUGAAAUUCAUAAUUUUAAAGAUCACCAUUAUCUUUUGUUUUUCAACAAUCUCAACUCCUUUUUAAAUGGCUACUUUACACCAAGGAAUAAGAUUUUCUACAUGACGCUCGGUUACAUUUUA